AUUGUGACCAAUGGCGAAGCGCGCUUUUUACAAACGGUUGCCAAUCCAGGAAGUUUGCAGCCCACUGCAGUGUGAAAGGACUUAACAAGGGGUCUUUAAAUCUGAGAAAAACAAGAACAUUUGGAGUUAUUUGUUUCAGAAAUACUUCACUGGACGCACAGAAGGAAGUAACAGAGGGCUUGUUUUUAUUUGAAAUUGUUCUUCACAGUUUGCUCUCAUUAUGGACUCCUCUCCAGUCCUUCGUCAGCAAAGUCAGAACAAAAUCCACAGUGACUUUCUGAGAAUGAAGAAUGAACAUAACAAAAUGCCAGUGCACCCAAAGGCUUCCAAACUCCUGUCUGCACCUCACCUUUCCAAUCACGACAAUGAGAACAAGAAUCCAGGAAGCUCAGAAAUGGGAAGGAAAGCACCUGUGCGACCAGGUGUAAGUCGGCUUCCGGUGCUUGCAAAAUCCCUUAGUCUUCAGACUCCCUCCGACUUCGGUCAGACUCACCGUAGGUGGGAGGAGAAGCCUCUGGCUGGGAAAGCUAAGAAGAAAAAGCCAUGCACUAGGCCUAUACCUUUCAACUUGUCACAGCCCAAGAGCUCAAAAAUGGCCACUGAAAAUCAGCAGGCCAUAGGUAUUUCACAAUCAAGGACUGGUUCGCAUGCUGUUCAACCUGGUAACAAUGUAUGCAAUGCUCAUCUAAAAACCCAAAACACUAAUGCAAAAGCCACUAAACAUCCAGUUACAUUACUCAGCAAUGUGGCCUCAACCAAAGGGAAGUCUAAUGGAAAGACUGCAGAAAAUACAUCUCAGCUGUCAGGACAGUCUGGGCUUUCUAACUUAUUUAAGACUUCAGCCAGUUUGUCCCAUCCAUUAUCAUCCAUUGAUAAUGACGCUUUGCAUCAGAACCGCACUCCUUCUGCACAGGCCGCUUUUAACCCAGAGGCUUGUUUGGAUAACAUGAACCUGCUCAGUCUCAAAGAUCCAACUGGGACAUCCCAUGAUAGACCAAAGAUGCAGCUGACUGCACAGGGCAAUUUUUCCAAAAGUUCAGCUGACAAAGGAGCGAACUUCCAGCCCGACCAUGCAGCUUUGCUCAGUAUCCUCCGGGAUGAGGGAGUCAGUGCCACAGGCCUGGGAUCUGCAACGCCACAGUGCAAACCCUAUAACUAUCUGCCCCAGAGAGUGUCUGUCAUGAAGAGUCGACAAAAAGCUGGAACCACAACAGGAUCAAUAAAGUCGGUGCAGUUCUCUCCAGACUCAGCUGCACUGCAAAGUAUCCUGCAGAACGAGGGAGUGAAGGUUGGAGGGCCUGUGGGUGCCACACCACGAAGCUCUGUCCGUCCAUCAGGCAGAGGCACUUCAAUCUACACAGCUCAGAGAGUGCCGGCUAGAAAGAAUCGUGUGGAGGUGACCGGAGAAUCAGUAGCAUUAGAACUCAAAGAGAGUCCGCAGAAGAAAUGGACUCCUCAGAGAGUCCGCAACACCAGGCAUCAGCCCAUAUCUGCUAUGGUCAGUAAGUGGCACGUGUCGACUCCGUACACUGGCACCCCAGGGCUGCGGAGCUGUAAAGCCAACCUUCAGCCACGCCAGGAGGAGGUUGUCCAGAGAUUAUUUGAGGAUCAAGAGGACGAGCAGAACACAGACGUGGCAGACAAGGAUCCUGAGACACAAGCAGAGCAGCUACCAGUUCAAGCCACAGCUUUUCCUUCCUCAUUCCUUCAGACUAAACCCCACAGUGAAGAAAAGUUAGAGACGAGCAGGGCCAAUAGCAGCGAGGAAGAGGACCAGAGGAUUGUGGGAGGGCAGCCCUUCAUCCAGGCACCACACAGAGAGUCUGUCAUUUUCUUCUCAACGGGCAAAAAGCUUUUAAGAGCCCCACGUUUUGAGCAGCAGGAGAGCUCAGCCCAUCACGAGCAACAUGGCCCAGGUAUAUCAGAACAGAGAAAGGUGCUGCCAGCACAUCUACAGACGCCAUCUGUGUCAGAGCCAACCUGUCAGAUCAAGCCUUCUGUUCAGAGUUUGCACAGAGACCUCAUUGUUCAGAAAACUUGUGCUGUGAGUUCUGCAGUGGCAUUGCUGCGUAAGCGUCUUCCUCCUCUGGAGGAGCUGCGUAUGGACGAGGAGGUGGCCACCUACACCUCAGCGUCUGUCCCCGCUGCUCCUGGGUUUCUCCCGCCUCGGCCCCGCUGUGGAAACCCGCUGGCCUCCAUCCUGCACUUUGAGGAGUCCUCUAGAUUUAUUCCAAUCGGCUGUGAUCUCUCAUCUGAUCCUCCUUCUCCACCGAGCUCUCCGCUGCAAGAGAGAUGACUUGCUCUGCAAGUACUUCUAUCUUUAAUGAAACUGAUGUUUGUGUAACACUGUUAUUGCCGGUCUUAAUACAAGUCCAAAGAAUGCUGCUGAUAUUGUUUUUUAGAGUCCCAUUAACCCAUUUUGUCUUAUAGAUGUGUGUGACAGCUCUCAUUAGAUGCUUUCUAAAAAGAAAAAUAAAGGUUGUGUCUAUUGAAUACUGAAUCUUUUACACUGCAGGCACUCAUGUUAGUCCGUAAUGUAGAUCCAUGCCUACUAGAAGCAAUGUUUAUGAUGUUUUAAUCAUAAAUGUUUCAUGUGUCAAUAUGUCUAAAUGUUUCAAAACUAAAUGUUUUAAAGGUCAAGGAAGACUCUGAACUUGAUCAGUGUUAUAGCUAUAGUAUACAUAAGAAUUAGGAUGGCUCAGAAUGUUAUUUGCAGUUUUUUUUAACACACCAGACCCGUCUUGUGUGGACUGAUUAAUGUUCUCGAUGUACAGUGUUUAUAAUAAAUUUCUAUGUUUGGCCAUA